UGUUGAUGCAUGCAUGUCUCUUCCAAAGAUAUUUCCUUCCCAACAACACCGUCAACUCUUAACAGAACUCUUCAACUGCACUCACAACAAAGACAUCCUCAAAGGUCGAACCCUCCACGCACGCAUCCUCAAAAACGGUUCCCUCUCUUCCAUUUACAUCGCCAACACUCUCUUCAAUUUCUACGCCAAAUCCAAUCACUUAUCACACGCUCUCACUCUCUUCAACUCCAUCGACGACACCCACAAAGACGUCGUUUCAUGGAACUCCCUCAUCAACGCUUUCUCCCAACACCAUUCCCCUUCAUCUUAUUCAUUCGCUAUAAGCCUCUUUCGUCGAAUGAUGCGAACCAACAACAACGUCGUCACUCCUAAUGCACACACUCUCGCCGGAGUUUUCUCCGCUGCUUCUAAUCUUUAUGAUGUAACUGCUGGCAGACAAGCUCAUUCGGUCGCGGUUAAAACCGCUUGCUUGGAUGAUGUUUAUGUUGGGAGUUCUCUGCUUAAUAUGUAUUGUAAAACGGGUUUUGUUUUUGAUGCUCGGAAACUGUUUGAUGGAAUGCCUGAAAGAAAUACUGUUUCGUGGGCUACUAUGAUUUCUGGGUAUGCUUCUGUUGGACUUGCUGAUAAGGCGAUUGAGGUUUUUGAACUUAUGCGAGGUGAGGAAGAGGUUGAGAAUGAGUUUGCUGUUACUAGUGUUCUUAGCGCGUUGACGAGUUGUGAGUUUGUGGGGACGGGUAGGCAGGUUCAUUCGCUUGCGGUUAAAAACGGGUUGAUUUGUAUUGUAUCUGUUGCGAAUGCUCUUGUGACGAUGUAUGCUAAGUGUGAUAGUCUUGAUGAUGCGGUUAGGACUUUUGAAUUUUCGGGGGAUAAGAAUUCUAUUACUUGGUCGGCUAUGGUUACUGGUUAUGCUCAGAGUGGGGAUUCUGAUAAAGCGUUGAUGCUUUUUAAUAGAAUGCAUUCUUCUGGAAUGUUGCCUUCUGAGUUUACUUUAGUUGGGGUGGUUAAUGCUUGUAGUGAUCUUUGUGCUGUUGUGGAAGGGAAACAGAUGCAUGGUUUUGCCUUCAAGCUGGGAUUUGGAUUGCAGUUAUAUGUUUUGUCGGCUUUGGUGGAUAUGUAUGCAAAAUGUGGUAACUUAGCGGAUGCUCGUAAGGGUUUUGAGUGUAUACAGCAACCUGAUGUUGUUCUUUGGACUUCUAUCAUAACGGGGUAUGUGCAAAAUGGGGAUUACGAAGGGGGUCUUAAUCUGUAUGGGAAAAUGCAGAUGGAGAGAGUUAUCCCUAAUGAACUAACGAUGGCAAGUGUCCUAAGAGCUUGUUCCAGCCUAGCUGCUUUAGACCAGGGAAAGCAAAUGCAUGCCCGGAUCAUUAAAUAUGGUUUCAAAUUGGAAGUUCCGGUUGGAAGUGCUCUUUCUGCUAUGUAUGCAAAGUGUGGAAGUCUAGAUGAUGGGUACCUUAUUUUUUGGAGGAUGCCUGCCAGAGAUGUAAUUUCGUGGAAUGCAAUGAUAUCUGGACUUUCUCAAAACGGUCAUGGUAAUAAAGCCUUGGAACUGUUUGAGAAGAUGUUAUUGGAGGGAAUAGAGCCUGAUCCAGUCACGUUUGUAAAUCUUCUAUCUGCUUGUAGUCAUAUGGGACUGGUGGACAAAGGCUGGGAUUAUUUCAAGAUGAUGUUUGAUGAGUUUAACAUUGCUCCAACGGUAGAGCAUUACGCUUGCAUGGUUGACAUCUUGAGCCGUGCUGGUAAGCUCAAUGAAGCUAAAGAGUUCAUUGAAUCUGCAAAGGUUGAUCACGGUUUGUGUUUGUGGCGCAUAUUAUUAGGAGCUUGUAAGAACCAUCGUAACUAUGAAAUUGGUAUUUAUGCUGGAGAGAAACUAAUGGAGCUAGGGUCACCGGAGUCAUCUGCUUAUGUAUUGUUAUCAAGUAUAUAUACAGCCUUAGGGGAGUGGGAAGACGUGGAACGUGUCAGGAGAAUGAUGAAAGCCAGAGGGGUGAAUAAAGAACCUGGCUGUAGCUGGAUUGAGUUAAAGAGUUUGGUUCAUGUGUUUGUUGUUGGAGAUAAUAUGCACCCACAGAUUGAUGAAAUACGGUCAGAAUUAAGGUUGUUAACCAAAUUGAUGAAAGACGAAGGAUAUGAACCUCUUUCGGAUUCAUUGUCUGAAACCGUUUUAGAUAAUUUGACAGAUCAAGAAGGAAAGCAGGAGAUACAACUUAGUGUUUGCGGUGGCUUGUAGCAAUACUGGGGAGGUGACCUACUACAUAUGCUCAAUUGGUAUAUUCGCUUACAGGAUGAUGAUUCACUGCUGAGUGCUGCAAUUAGUGCAUUUGCGUUGUUGUCCCGUGUCUUUUGCUUUUUGGUUAAUGAGAGUAUUGUCACCCACCCACAAGGAAGGUUAUUGACAAGCCAAUGGCCGAAAUUAAAGCCAGCAACCAAAAAUUUCAAACAUGUGACAAACAUCCAAUAUAGUUUGUUAGUCAUGCUGCUUGCGGGGUGGCGGAAGGAAUAUUGGCAAGUAUCGGGAUUUGUUACUCAUGCUGCUUACAGAGAGUACUCAGUUGUCACUUGAUCUACUUCGGUCAAUCCGAAGGAAACCUUAAGACGAGCUGGAUAGACAAGCUGCUAACGAAGUAUACUUUCUUGAAUUCCUAUUAUGUGAUGCCUUGGGUUAUAUAUACUUCAGGCAACUAAGUGUUGGCAAUAUCUUAAGGUGUUCUUUUGGAUUGGUUAAGCUAAGCUCAUCAAUAGAAGAAUUGCUGCAAGCACAAAAUUGCAACUCUUGGAGGACAUAGAGUGGUUGAGCUUCAUAUACUAUGUCAUAAGAUGAAAAGCCUAGGCAAGCUUAUGGAAAUUUAUUGUGUGGACAGAAUACUAGAAGUACACACAUUCAUUAGACACUGCUAAAAUUUUGUCCUUGCUGUUGAAAUUGCUUGACUUAGUGUUCAAUAAUCACAAGUUAUCCGCGUUGAAGAUGCUCUUUAAAACUAAACAAAGAGAAGUUUGUUUUGCUAUAAGUUCUGCUUCGUUGUUGGAA